UUACUGGCCAUUCCUCACGCCCUCCAUGCCUACAGUACCAGUCAACCCAAGCCCUGUACGGAUGAAGAACAACGACGUCAAGAUGUCAUCCCCAUCAUCGGCAAAUGUUGGACAAGUGAUAGAUUUUAAGUGGGGCAGUAAGAGGGGAGUUGGUGUGAAAAACAAGGACACUCAGUACUAUGAGUCCUUUGUUUACGAGGGUGUGGAGUAUUUUCUAUAUGAUUCUGUCUACUUGUUCACUACAGGCCAUGUCGAAACUUCCAUUGCCAAGCUUGUCAAGAUAUACGAGAGACCAAAUCGUGAAAAGAUGAUCAAAGUUAUUUGGUUUUUCCGGCCUAUGGAAAUUCGUAACUUCCUGGGAAAGUAUCAGCCAUGUUGGAAUGAGUUGUUUUUGGCAUCUGGUGAGGGCAAAGGUCUUUCCAAUAUCAACUACCUGGAAUCAAUUAUUGGAAAAUGCAGUGUUGUUUGCACUUCAAAGGACAACAGAAAUCCUAAGCCAUCAGAAACGGAGUUAAAGAAAACAGACUACUUUUUUAGUUGCACUUUCGAUGUUUUAAGGCGUGUAAUCAUUGAUAAAUUUACUAAUGAGAUUGAUGGGGUUAAAGUGGAGAAGUUCUUUAACAGGAAAAGGGAUGAUAAAACCAGUAAUCAUUUGCAUGUUGGGGCAAAUAUUAGACCCAAAAUUCUGAUUAAGACUAGUACUGAUCCUUGUACUAUCUUACACUGUCAAAUUAACGAUAAAGCUGAAGGGAGAACUUCAGAGAAUAUUUUGCCAAAGCAAUCAUCAGAUUCUUAUCCAUAUAAAAAGAGGAAGAUUGUAGAAGAGAAGCUAAACAUUGGUCAAAGUCGCAAAACCCCUAAGGAAGUGGAAAUUGAUGACAAGAAGGUAGAAAUCAAACAGGAUGAAAGAAUCAAAACAGACAAAAAAGUUAUUGAUGUAAUUGAAAGGCCAGAUGCAGGAAAAAGAAGGUGGUUUAAGAAAAUGUCUAACAUAAAUAAUCUUAAGCCUUGGGAUGAAAGACUGCGGAGAGCUCAAGAGUUGGAUACCUUGGUUUUACUGAAUAAUCUUGAUCCAUCCUACACAUCAUAUGAAGUAGAGGAUCUUGUUUGGUGUGCUCUCAAAGCAAAGGUUGAGGCAAGGGUGAUAGAAUGGAGCCCGAGUUCCAGUACAUACUACGGUAGGGCAUUUGUUAUUUUUAAAACAAAAGGUGAAGCUGAAUCUGCAAUAUCUGAAUUAAACAAAAGAUGCCUUAGUCUUGGAGAAGGGAGGAUUGUCAGUGCCGCGAAGGGAACUCUCUGUGAGCCUGACAAGAAGAGAAAGUUCACUGGCCAUUUGGUCAUUGACAAAACUGCGCUUCAAAGGCAACACCAGGAGAUGAGAAAUGCAGUAUCAACAUCGCAUUGUUCUCAGCCCAAUACAAUAGAGUACCAGAUGGCUAUUGAAUGGAUACUGCAGUAUGCGAAGUUCAAUGCAUGCUGGAAUGCACUAUAUGAGGUGGAGCAUUGCGAAGAAUUAUUUCUUGCGUCGACAAAUGAAGGAGAUACAAGAUAUACAAGGAAAAUUGAAGGUAGGGUGGAUGCAUCUUCUCCACUUCUCUGUGGCAUCCACUCCAAUGUUUCAACUGGUCUCAAGUUUUGCGCUUACUCAACACAUUCCGCGUCUGCUCCUUCCCCUAUUCCUAAGAUGCAAUUUACAUUUCACAUUGCUGCUUAUUUGGGCCCUCAAUAA